UCUCAACAAUAAUGAAGACACCAAACACAGUAUCUUUCUUUCAUUUGGUAUCUUUUUUUUUUCUCAUAUGUAUUCUAGUGUCCUUUGCCACAUCCAAAUACUACACCCACUUUUAACCACUCUGCUAUUAUACUUUUUCACAACUAUUAAGCCAUCCCUCAUCUCUUCUUCUGCAGAGAAUUAGCACCCACAUUAUAAUUCUUUUAAUCCAAUCAUCCUUCUGGGUUGGAGAGCUUAAUUACAAGCCUUAAAAGCUCAUUCUUUUUCUUGAAUUGGGUUUAAAGGUUCUUACUUGCUGCUAUUCAACUUUCUUUCUUUCCCUUUUUUAGUGCUCAGAAGGAUGCUUUUUUUGAUGUCCUUUGCUCCAUAACUAAAAGGUUCAUCUCUUUGCUCCUUAACUAAAAGGUUCAUCUCUCUCUUUAUCCCGGCCUAAAAGCAGAUCAACAAGAACCAGAAGCUAGAAACCACAAAGGUAACACUUUUCUGCUUCCCCUUUCUUGAAGCAUCAAAACCCAUCAAUCCUCUUAGUCUUUAGAAAGAAAUCCUCCAUUGCAAGCCCUUGCUUAGAAAUCCGACACCAAAAGAAGCUGCUUGAGCUUAGAUAGAAUGAACUCUUUGCUUUCAAUUUCCUUCGUGGUUCGAUUUGAUGCUAAGAAGCCUUGAAGCAAUGAAAUCUCCAGCCCAUUUGCAUAAGUUCAUUGAAGAAACUCUAAACAAGUUACACAAGACCAAGGGGGUACUCUAGUACUUGUCAAAUAUACGCAGAUUCAAAACAUUUUGCAGGAAUGAUAACUCUUCCUCACCGUCCUCAUCGGCUGCUUCUGGAUGCAGAAUCAAGUACACCACCACCAGCAAAUGGAAGCAGAAGUCGCAACACCUACACAAACGAGGCCAAUUUUGACACCAACAUGGUGAUCAUUCUAGCAGCUCUGCUCUGUGCAUUAAUAUGUGCGCUUGGACUAAACUCAAUAGUACGGUGUGCCUUAAGAUGCAGCAGAAGGUUUGCUUUUGAAACUCCUGAUGAAGCUGCAGCUCGUUUAGCAGCAACAGGGCUUAAAAAAAGUGCAUUGCGACAGAUCCCUGUGGUCAUAUAUGGGGCUGCAGGGAUUCACAUCAUAGCCACAGAUUGUGCAAUUUGCCUUGGAGAGUUCAUGGAUGGUGAGAGAGUGAGAGUUUUGCCAAAAUGUAGUCAUGGUUUUCAUGUAAGGUGUAUAGACCCAUGGUUGGGAUCACACUCCUCCUGUCCAACUUGUCGACAGUCAUUGCUGGAGCAACCAGCAACAAGUUCUGAUGGUGCAGAAGCUGAUGUUGGGAUCAGAAUUCAUGGAAAUGGAGCAGCAGUUCAAAGUGAUGCGGCUAUGGCUGCAGAUGAGGUAGGUUGAUCUUUCAUUUUUUAACACCAAAGUAAAGGAAGAAGGAGGGGGAAGGGUUCUUCUUCAUUCGUAAUGUAUACAUUAUUCUUGAAAUGUUGAGUUGGUUGAUGUAAUUAUGAGUACAUAGAGGGAAAUAUAUUUGGCUGAAGUGAAGCUUCAGCUAAGGAAUCAUUCUGUGGAGUGGAGGUUUAUGAGGGAAAUCUUUGUUUGUACAUGUUUAGUGGGUGAGAAAAUGAUCCUUAAUUAAUUAGGAGGUUUGUUGUUUGCUUUUGUCUUAAAAUUCAAUGGAACUUCUAUCAGAAAGAAUUUACAAAAAUUAUCUCCAACUUGUUUCUGCCAUUUUCUGAUAAGGGGCUUUAUAAUGUAUAAAUCCAGUUUUUGUUUUUGUUA